AUGGCCGACCCCUCUGAAACUCCCAAUCAUCCAGUUAAUCAGAAUGAUGAUGCAAGACUGAAUUUAACGGGCACCGAGUUACAGGCUAUGAUAGUUAUGGCUGUAAACAACGCUGUGGACCGUGCGUUGAAGGAACACAAGCGAAAGUCCGAUGACACCCCGAGUAAGGGUUGUAAAAAAGGUAAGGCCAGUCCAAACUGUAGCCAGUUCAAGCCAAAGGAGGCAAAACCCGAGUGUAAAACCUGCGGGAAGAAGCACUUUGGAAAGUGUUUCUAUGAGCAGACCAAGGGAUGUGUCAUCUGCAAAGAGGUGGAUCCCGAGACCCAUAAAUGCAAGGACUCAAAAGACAACCAGCAGUUAGGUAAAAAGACCAAAUGCAAAAUCUGUAAGAAAAACCACCACGGGAAAUGCAGAUUUAAAUCCCGACCUUUAUCCUGUGGAAUCUGCAAGACCAAGGAGCAUAAGACCUUGGAUUGUCCGAAGUUGGGAGACGCAACCUGCUAUGGUUGCAAAGAAAUAGGGCACAUCAAAACUAACUGCCCGAAUAAAACCGAGAAGCCUGGGAAAACUAAGAAGAACAACGCUGGAAACUCUCAAGUGGAUGCUCAAGAAGCUAAUCAGGAUGCCAAUACCGCAACAGGUAAUUCCUUUAUCAUUAACGCUCAUGCUAGAGUAUUACUUAAUUGA